CCCCGCUACCUCACUUACUGCCGCCCUCCCGCGGGGCUCGCCAUCAUGAAGGUGGCGGUCGAAGGUUGUUGUCACGGCGAACUCGACGCCAUCUAUGCUCAGAUCGCACACCUUGAGCAGAAGAACGAUUAUAAGGUCGACCUCCUCCUCGUGUGCGGCGACUUCCAGGCGAUCCGUAACGAGCGCGACCUCCAGUGUAUGGCUGUCCCCGACAAGUACCGCAAGCUAGGCGAGUUUUACAAGUACUACACCAGCGAGAAGGCCGCGCCGAUCCUGACCAUCGUCAUAGGGGGAAACCAUGAAGCUAGCAACUAUUUUUGGGAGCUCUACCACGGUGGUUGGCUUGCACCCAAUAUAUAUUUUCUCGGCCAUGCUGGAUGUGUCCAGGUAAACGGCACCCGCAUCGCGGGUGCUUCAGGCAUCUUCAAGCCCCACGAUUUUAUCCAGGGUCACCAUGAACGUCUGCCCUACAGCGCAAGCGCAAUGCGUAGCAUUUACCAUGUUCGAGAGUACAACAUCCGGCGACUAUCCCUUCUGUCGCCUCCCGACGUAUUCCUCUCGCACGACUGGCCGGCCUCCAUCGAACAUUACGGUAACCUACCGCAGCUACUCAAGCGUAAGCCCUUCUUCCGCGCAGACAUCGAUAAGGGUCAACUCGGAAGUCCACCGCUCAUGGGCCUUCUGCGACAGCUGCGACCGCACUGGUGGUUCGCAGCGCAUUUGCAUGCACGAUUCGAGGCGUUUGUACGGCAUGUACCUUCCGAUAACCCGCCUGAGCAGAGCCCGGAGCUGACGAAGGUCGAGAAUCCCGACGAGAUCACCAUCGACGACGACGAAUUUGACACAUCUAUACCUAUGCCUUCCUCUGUUGCGUCCCUCGCCGUUUCCACACCAGUACUACCAUCAGAUCCCCCGGCAGCGUCCACUCCAGCGCCAGUACCGACGAACCCCGACGAGAUUACGCUGGACGAUGAAGAGGCCGAUGUUGCUGUGCCGCCGCCUCCACUAUCGCAGUCGCCGUUCGCAGAACCUACAGAAAACCCACCAGGGCACGAGACCCGCUUCCUCGCUCUCGACAAGUGUCUCCCGCGGCGACAAUUCCUUGAGGUUGUUGAUAUCCCGUCUACGAAUGCCGCGUCGCCACCCGUACUCACGUUCGAUGCCGAAUGGCUAGCGGUCGCGCGCGCAUUUAAUGUGCAUAUGCCGCUCGGGCUCAGGCAGGCGCAGUACCCCAGCGAGGACGAGGCGCGUACAGCAGUACGCGAGGCGAGCGUGUGGGUGCGUGCAAAUGUGUCCGGCGUAGGCCCUGAUGCCAAUGGCUCUGCCGCUGCUGCUGCCCUAUCGGAUGUUCCGAACGAGACAGCCGAUACCUCAAAUAUACCCGACGCUCUGCCGACGAAACGCAUUGACGACGUACAGCAGUUUGCUAUCACGGCGCCACCGCCGGGUACUCCAGGAUCCCAGGGCCGCACGCAGCCGCCAUACUACCCUAACCCACAGACAGCGGCGUUCUGUCGGAUGCUCGGGGUAGAGAACCUCGUGGACACGAUUGGGAUGGGGAGAUCUGAAGUGUAAUGCUACAGCAUAUUGUUUUGCGUGCUAAUGUUGUGGCAUGAGACAUGUAUAUCUCUCGUGUGUGUUAUGUUCGUCACUCCUAUCGCCC